GGUGCUGCACCCCGGGAGGCCUGGGCCAAUCUGAGCCUGAGCCCCAGGGGCUCCCGGCCAAUCAGGCGCUGCACCCCAGGUGACCCAGCCAGUGGGAGGAGGCGGCUCCCAGGCCUGGGGACAGACGGUCUGACAGCCGCUGCCGUACCGGACGUGAUGGGGGCCCCAGGCUGGGCCACCCUCCUGCUGCUGGCGCUCGGCACCCAGGCACUGAUCCGGAUCCCCCUGCGGAAGUUCCCUUCGGUCCGGAGCAGGUUCCGCGGGCCGGGGCUCCCCAUUGCCAACCUGGGGGCUGGCAGGGGGCCCCACAGCCGCUCAGCUGGCCCCCAGCGUCUGCACAAUUACAUGGACGCCCAGUACUAUGGGGAGAUCGGGAUCGGGACGCCCCCCCAGCAGUUCAGCGUCGUCUUCGACACCGGCUCGUCCGACCUGUGGGUGCCUUCGGCCGGCUGCUGCCUCCUGCACCUGGCGUGCUGGGUGCACACUCGCUACCACUCGCUCUUCUCCUGCACCCACAAACGCAACCACACCAAGUUCUCCAUCCACUAUGGGACCGGCAGCCUGAACGGUUUCCUCAGCCAGGACACAAUCACCGUGUCCAACCUGACGGUGGAGAACCAGACGUUCGCUGAAGCCGUGGACCUGCCGGGGCUGGUGUUCGUGGCAGCCAAGUUCGACGGGAUCCUGGGGAUGGGGUACCCCAGCCUCUCGGUGCGCGGGGUCACCCCCGUCUUCGACAACAUGAUGGCGCAGGGGCUGCUGGACCAGAACGUCUUCUCCUUCCACCUUCGCAGGUCAGAGGGCUCGGCGGACGGGGGCGAGCUGCUGCUGGGGGGCACGGACCCGGAGCUGCAUGAGGGGGAGCUGCAUUAUGUGCCCGUGUCCCGCAAAGCCUACUGGCAGGUCAAGGUGGACAGGAUCCGGGUGAAGAAGGCCCAGGGGGAGCACCAGUGCAAGGGGCUGUCUCUCUGCCGGGGGGGCUGCCAGGCCAUUGUGGACACAGGCACCUCCCUCAUCGCGGGCCCCAGCAAGGAGAUCAAGAUGCUGCACAAGGCCCUGGGACCCUUCCACGCCCUCAAUGGGCAGUACCUGCUAGAUUGCGACCAGCUCUCAGGCCUGCCCGAGGUCUCCUUCGUGCUGGGUGGGAAGCCCUUCAGCCUGACGGGGGAGCAGUACGUGCUGAAGGUGACGCAGCUGGACAUCACCAUCUGCAUCAGCGGGUUCAUGGCCCUGGACGUGCCCGCCCCCGCCGGCCCCCUCUGGAUCUUGGGGGACGUCUUCCUGGGCCAGUACUACACGGUGUUCGACCGGGACCAGGACCGCGUGGGGCUGGCGCGGGCCAAGUCACCCCCUCCCCCAGCACCGCAAGAGACGCCCCCACCCAGCACCACGUCGAGCCCCAAAACCCACCCCCCAGCCCUGAGCACCCCCCAGCCCACGACUCACACCGGGGCCUCAGGAUGCCUGGGUUCCACCCACAGCUCCGGGACUGGAGGGGGGUCUAGUGGUUAG